UGGCCCAAUCUACUUGCUUUAAUUUCUUGAGCCUACCUUAUCUGGCUUCUUCGAAAUUCCCCCCAACUUCCUAGUUUAGUAUAUCUAUUUGCUUCACUCGCAACAGAAUUGAAAAUCUUGGUCAAUCAUACACUUUCAAAGUUGCCAACACUGAAGCCUUGAUUCGAAACUCUCGAGAAUCAAUUAUCUACUUCCUCAAGCCCAACCUCAACUCCUCAACUUCUUCACAACCAUGGCAGACCAAAUUCAAGAGUUUAUGGAGAUUCCAAGAGACUUCAUCAAAGAUGGUACUCAAUUUGUCAAUAAAUGCACCAAGCCUGAUCGUCGCGAAUUCCUCAACAUCGCUCGAGCUGUAGCCAUGGGAUUUCUUAUUAUGGGAGCUGUCGGAUAUAUCGUGAAAUUGAUCCAUAUACCACUCAACAACAUAUUGGUCGGUGGCGCAUAGUUUGGGGAUGGACAAUGGACGAUAGUUUCUGCACUACGGUGACUUGGUCGUUCGUGGGAAAGGGGAGAAUUGAACCGGCACCGAACAAGGGCGAGAUGGACGAGAUGUUGGGCGUAUAAAUGGAUGGAGUUUCUCUCAAAAUCUAAGGAUGUAUUAUAUUUGGCCUUGGUGGCAGUUAUUGUUCCUGGCAUUGCUUGCGCCUGGAACAAAUGGUCCUGCAUUUCCAAAGUUGAAUGGGACUAUAUUAAAUGAUAUCCGGCACAUUGUCAAAACAGCCACCG